AUGCGUAAACGUAAUAAUAUUAUAUUUAAUUUGGUUGAAAGUGAACGAGAAUACGUUCAUCAACUAGAAAUUCUGGUUGCGAAUUACGUUCGACCAUUUCGAAUGGCCGCCAGUUCAAAAAAGCCACUAAUCACACAUGAAGAUGCUAAUUCAAUAUUUCUGAAUAGCGAAAUAAUUCUUUUUCUUCAUCAAAUUUUCUAUAAAGGAUUAUCAAAAAAAUUAGAACAGUGGCCAACAUUUUAUACCGGUGAUCUAUUCGAUAUGUUUAUAUCGAUGUUACAUAUUUAUUUAGAAUAUGUUCGCAAUCAUCACUAUAGUUUACAGAAUUUAGUCGAAUGUAAACUUAGCAAUCCAGAAUUUAAUAAAUUUCUAGAACGAUGUGAAACAAAAGCAGCAUGUGAAGGAUUAACACUUGAAACAUUAUUAGUUUUACCUAUGAAUCGAAUUCCAUAUUAUAUCAUCACGCUGGUAAAUUGUCUAUCACACACACCACAUGUACAUGUUGAACGAGAAAAACUUGAACAAGCAAAAGAUAAACUUGAAGAACUUUCAAAAAUCAUGCAUGAUGAAGUAUCAGAAACCGAACAUAUCAGAGCUAAUUUAGCUAUCGAACGAUCAAUAGCUGAAGGAUGCGAUGUUUUACUGGACGUUAAUCAAGUACUUUGUCGGCAAGGUGGUCUUGUAUUAUGGACUGGGGAUAAAGUUAAACAAGGUCUUAAUCAAAAAUUAUCUGCACGAGAAAUUCGUCGAAAUGAAAUAGUUGUUCAAUGUUAUCUGUUUUCUAAUCAUCUUAUUAUAACAACACGAGCUUCAAAUGGAAAAUUACAUCUUGUUAAAAGUUGUGGUGUGAUUGCAUUAGCUGAAGUAACACUUGUUGACGAUAUCAGUACUGAUCCACAAUAUAUACCAUUAUCCGUCGCCGACGAUGAAGCUACCGAUGAUUCAAAUUCUACUAGUACAAUAGAUCUUAAAAAUGGUGAAUUUGAUAGUUAUAUAAGUCGUCUAUUUCGUUUGAUUGUUGAACCACGUGAUCAACCAUCGUAUUCGACAACAUUAAUUGCUAAUGAUGAAAAUCAUAAAUCUGAAUGGUGUAGCGACAUAGCACAAUGUUUACAAAAUCUUCGUUAUAGUAACUUACUUUCAGGGACAUUUCGUAAUGAAUCAUCUGUUAUUGCUCCUGAAUCUGUCAAAUUUGAUGCAAAAUUAUAUAAAGAUGAUUCAGGAAUCAAAUAUUGCAAAACACUUGAUUCAUGUAAAAUACCACAGAUUCGUCAUGCAACAGUUGAACGUUUAGUUGAACGUUUAACAGAUUUACGUUUUUUAUCAAUUGAUUUCUUAAAUACGUUUCUAUUAACAUAUAGACUCUAUACUGACGCUUAUACAGUUAUGGAAACAUUAAUACGAAUCUAUAAAUCAUCACCACAAACAUCUCUUGAUCAUACCACUGAAACGGAUGGAACGACUACACAAAAAAAUGAUGAACAAAAUAAAGCAAAACAAGCUAAAAUAAAUGAACAAGACACUGAAUUAACACGACAAGUACCAGCAGUUCCUGAAACAUCUGUCGCUGAUACUUCGGAACAAGAUCAUGAUCCAAGAAGGCUUUCACAUACAGGUAUUGAACAAAGCGAAGCGACUAUAAUGGCAACAACAGCGAAGAAAACUAUUGAUAAAAAAUUAUUGGUAAAAUCUAAUGAAGGAUUUUCUCUACUGCCAACGAUUCCAUCGAUUGAUAUUGAUGAUUCAAACGAUCAAUUACACCCUCCAUUGGCACCACUAGCAUCAUCGGAAACAUUUUCUGAUGUAGAUGCGCUACAUCGUGAUACUCAAUCACAAUUAAAGGUCAAAAAAUUGUCAGUAGAUUUGAAACAAAAUGGCACUCAUGAAGAACUAAGUCGUAAAACCACCAAAAGUGAAUUUGACUCCUUAGAGAAACUCUUCGAUUUCCCAUCAUCGGAAAUAUCCAACGAACCUUCGUUAGAUAUCGAAUCAACAUCGCGAAAUUCAAAAACUCGUAUACGUUUUUCAGACACUAAUCAAAUAAUCAAUGCUAAUAAAGAUGAGAAAAGUGUUUUACAUACGGAAAAAGAUGACAGUCCAUCAGUGCAACAGCAAUCAAGAGUUGAUUCAAAUACAGCUGCAACUGCUGCACAAGCAAAUCAGACAGCGUCACAAAAUGUGAUUUGGCUUUCUAAACGGUUAAGUGAAGUUCUUUCCUCACCACGUCAAAGUUUACGUAACGCUGCUGAAAGUUCGUAUAAAAAAGUUCUACCUGGCGUUGUUGUCACAUCAUCACGCUCAUCUCGUCGCCGUAUAAGUUCAGCUGCUGCAACACAAGCAUUUGCUGUUGCAACAUCCGGUGAAUCACCGAAAGUGAUGCGCAAUGAAAGAUUAGCGAGUUCUCCAGGUGGAAAUUUAUCAUCGCCACAAUCGGCAACGACCGGUAAUCCUCUAGCAUCGAUUUCGAAAGAACAAAGAGCCAAUGAAUGUGCAAUUGCUAAUACAGCGUCUACAAUGAGAGUUUUAAACGUUUUAAGACAUUGGCUUACAAAACAUCCUUUGGAUUUUCAUAAGAAUCCAAAAUUAAAAGAGAUGGUCCUUGAACUUCUUCAAGAUAUGUUAGUCAAUGGUCAUUUAAUUGCUGCUGAACAUAAAGCAGCCGUUGGAAUUUUAAAACAGCUAGAAACGAAUGAAGCCGAGGAAAACGCUAAGCAAUUAUGUAUAAUUCUUCAUCCCAUACAAAAUCCAAAUGCAACAUUUGAACAAAUAGCUGUUUCCGAUUUAGCUGAACAAAUGACAUUAAUCGACCAUAAAUUAUUUUGUGCAUUAGAUAGCGAAGAACUACUUUUACAAGGUUGGAUGAAACCGGGUCGUGAUGAUUUAGCACCAAAUGUUGCGCUUAUAUCGCGACGAUUUAAUGAAAUGUGCCGUUUGGUUAUAACCGAAAUCUUAUCCCAAUCAACAAUCAAUGAUCGUAUUCAAUGCAUUGAAAAAUGGGGUACUGUUGCUGAUAUAUGCCGUUAUUUAAGAAAUUUUAAUGGUGUUCUUCAAAUAAUGGCUGCAUUUGUUAAUAGUUCCGUUUAUCGUUUAAAACAAACAUGGGACCGUAUAUCGAAACAGAGUAAACACGUUAUUAACAAACUUCAAAGUCUUGUUCAUUCAGAUGGAAAAUUUAAGAAUUUACGCGAUACAUUAACGAAAGUUGAUCCACCAUGUAUACCUUAUCUUGGUUUAUAUUUAUCAGAUUUAACAUUUAUUGAAGAAAGCUCACAAGAUAUAUCGGAAUGUCAAUCAGUUAAUUUUUCAAAAAUGCGAAUGAAAACACAUAUUAUCAGUGAAAUACGUCGUUUUCAAUCAACACCAUUUAAAAUCAAACAUAAUCCCCGUGUAUGUGCCUAUUUAUUGAAUUCAUCGCAAUUAUUAUCUGAAGAUCAAUGUUAUGGCCUUUCAUUAAAAUUAGAGCCUCGUGCAUCUCGAGCUGGAAUGACAAAUCUCGGUGUUUAA